AUGGCGCUAAAAGGAAAAUAUUUGCACUGGGCUGUGACAGCGGCGAGCUGUCAGGCCUUUCUUCUCCUGGGAUAUGAUCAGGGUGUGAUGAGUGGGCUGGUCGGGGCCAACAAUGAGUUUGGGAAACAGUUCAACCAUCCCAAUGCCACGAUGCAAGGCAUCCUGACUUCUAUCUACGAUAUCGGUUGUGCGGUUGGCUGUCUUCUUAGCUUCAUCGUUGGGCAUAGGGUCGGUCGUAAACGCAUGAUCAUCGCAGGUGGCUCCAUAAUGGUGAUUGGCACCAUCAUUUUGGGCUCUUCGUAUAGUACCGCCCAAUUUUUGGUCGGCAGAGUUGUGACUGGCUUCGGGAACGGCAUCAACAGUAGCACAGUCCCGACAUAUCAGAGCGAGAUGGCUCGACCCGAACUACGUGGAAGACUUCUCUCCGCCCAAGGCACAGUGACGAUCGUGGGUCUCUGCAUUGCAUAUUGGAUUGACUAUGGAUUAAGCUACAUCGAGUCCCCAGUGCAAUGGCGUUUCCCGAUCAGCUUCCAAGCCUUUUUCGCUGUCUGCCUUGUCCUACAGAUGCUUCCACUACCCGAUACUCCUCGGUGGCUCUGCGAGCAAGACCGAAGCGAUGAGUCGGCCUCGAUCCUGGCCCGACUUCAACUGGAACAGCCAGCGAGCGAGUCAACACCAGAGGUCAUACAACUGCGUCGGCAGAUUGAGAGCUCCAUCGAUAUCGAGUCUGCUGGCGGUUCUUUCAAAUACAAGGAACUUCUAUGGGGUGGGAAAAUCCAGAACCUUCGUCGGAUGAUCCUCGCUGGUCUGGUCAAUGUUCAGCAGCAGUUUACUGGAUCAAACAUGAUCAAUUACUACGCACCUGUCGUCUAUCAAAACGCCAUGCAUCUGUCACGCAACCUGUCUUUGAUUCUCGGCGGUUGCACCUCUCUGGCAUAUCUGCUAGGAUCAAUGCUUCCUCUUUGGAGCAUGGAUAAAUUCGGGCGCCGAGCCUCACUCAUGAUCUCGGCUGCUGGUCUUUGCUUCUGUUUUGUGAUGGCCGCUAUUUUGUUGUCGAUUGGUACUACACAAUGCGCCUAUGCUGCGACCGCAUUCGUGUUUUUGUUCCAGAUUUUCCUUGGAUUUGGUUAUCUGCCAGUGCCAUGGUUCUAUCCUAGUGAAAUUACUACCACCCGCAUCCGUGCCAGAGGCCAGGCUUUUGCUGGCUUUGUCAAUUGGAUGUGUGUCUUCAUUGUUGUGCAAAUAACGCCAACCGCGAUUGACAACAUCGGAUGGAGAACAUUCAUUAUUUUCGCCUGCUUUUGUUUCGCAUGGAUUCCAAUGGUUUACUUCUUCUUCCCCGAGACCAAGGGACUAGAACUCGAGGAUGUCGAUCAUCUCUUCGAAGGUGGUGGCAUUACAGGUGGCGUUUUCGCGUCGCGUGGAUACCCCGUUCAGCCAGGGUUCCAUCGCAGUCAGAAUACUGACCGGAUUGAGAAGCCUACCGAAGAGCACAUUGAGUCCGGCGCCAUUGUCUAG